AUGCCAAACGCUGUUGAUUCAGAGAAUGAAAACGCAUCGGAGUACACGCUUGCCGCUGAGCACGUCAACAGAACGUCGCUCUCUGAACCAGGGCACAAGUCCCAGGCAAGUACCUCGCUGGCGGCGCUUGCUGACGACACAGAAAACGGCGAUAGCGUCUGUGCGCUAUGCCAACAGUUGGAUCUUGCGCAGCUCCGAGUUGAACUAGAGCGAAACGGAACGGAAAGACGCAAACUGGAGGCGAAGAUUGACCGUACUUUUCUGGUGAGUGUGGAUCGCCUUCUCGAACAGGACGCGCUUCUCUGCCGACUUGAGGGCGCGAUCGAGAGCCAGGAACAGGCUCUGCGGCGUUUGGUUCAAGAGUUUCAUCAUGUAGCGGUUAAGCGAGCAAACCAGCUCCCAGCCUUGAGAACAAAGUUAAGACGACUACGCGAGUCGGUCAAAUCCAGCGCGCGUAGCAGGUCGUGGCAAUCACUUGCCGAGGUCCGCGAUCGUCUGGAGCAGGCGAUUCGCCACCGCGAAUACGAUGAAGCGCUAUCACUUUACGCAAAUCUUCGAACAAUGUCGGCAAACCUGGGAAAAGCAUCCCUGGAAAAAGAAUACUUGGAAACACAGAUGUCGUCUCUGGAGACGAUGCUGGCAGUGAGCAUUCUCGAGGAGCUCUCGGAGGCAACCUCCCUAUCAAAAUGUAUUGAAAUGAGCGGUUUUUUGCGAACCUUCGAUUUCUUCGACAAUGCGGAGCUCCGUCGUCUUUUUCUCCAUUGUCGAGGACGCUAUAUCUGGAGAUUUAUCUCCGAUGCAAUGCGAGCGCUCGACGCUCUGCCGACGGAGACUCGGGAGCGAACGGAGGCAAUUGUGGUGCUACAAUUAUCGAGACUCACUGAUGCGCUGCGUCAGAGGGUUCUGAAGCUUUUCACAGAGUACCGAACCCUGUUUUCAAAUGCCAACGCCGAUGACGACGCGUCAGAUUCGGUCGAGGGCGAUGCUUUGCUAGUUGAUGAAGCCUGGUGCGCAUGGCAUCGAGAAUGGCUUACUGCGUACCUGCUCGUCGUCGAGAAGACCAUUGCCCGCGUCUCAGAUGUGGUGCUGAUCCAGACGCUGUUCACACAGACCAUGGCCUUUGCAGCCGCGCUUGGUCGCCUCGAGCUUGAUUUCCGACCACUUUUGGUCCCGCUGUAUGAGCGAGCUGUGUUGCGCGUCUGGCAGCGCAAGCUACACGAUGCUCUGUUGCAUUAUAGCCGGUUGUUGCGAUCGCUAGACCUGGACUCUAUCAACCCGGAGGUGCACAUGAUCUCCAGUGCGCUGGUAGGGAGCGUUGACGCGUCUCCGGAAACAACUGCGUCGGGAGACGGUGCCGUGGAACCGGCGCCGGCCCCAGCCUCAGCCCCGAAAGAAGGUGUAGCUUUGAGCGUUGCACCGAUCGUCCAGCUCCAGAAUGAAAUCGAAAGCGCUAUCCUACAGCUCGGCGUGUUGGUCCCGAGUCGGCACCUCGGAGUCUUUGCGAACGAGCUCUGCCAGGCUCUCAAAGAUGCUGGUGCGGUCAUCGCGGAGCUUCUCGUAUUUCCUCGCUUAAACACGGGAGCAGGACACGUUGGAGACACCCUCAUACGCGCGUUACGCUCCGAGCUCGUCCCGCGAGUCAUGCAGCGGUUUCGCGAGGCGACCGAAAUACCCGCGGAAGAACUAGCACCUUUCGAAGAGAAACUCGAGAGGUUCUACUGCGAACUCGACCAUCUUCCCCCGAUCAAUGAGAAUCAUCACCAAUACAACAGCUAA